AUGGCUUCCUCAAAAGCACCCAAAACCGUUAAGACGGUUGGCUACAUCGGUCUCGGCAACGCUGGAUUCUCCAUGGCCUCGAAUCUCCCCAAGAACGGCUUCAAUGUAGUAGUACACGACAUGGACACCGAAAAAGUGCAGAAAGCUGCAAAAGAAUGGAAAAGUACAACAGUUUCCGACGACAAGGGCAUCGAGAAAGCAUUUCGACCUGGUACCACCAUAAAGGACACCUCAUCGUCCUAUCCCUUCGAUACCCAAUCCCUUUGCCGCGAACUCGCCGCACACGAACUCAUACUCGUCGACGCUCCCAUCAUACAGACGUACAUGCACGCGGCCAAUGCUGGCGAGUCACCACUCACGGUCGGCGCCGGCUCGGAUGAGAUCUUCGAAGCCGUCAAGCCAGUGCUGUCAGCAACGGCAGGAUACCUGUUCCACAUGGGACCCCUUGGUUUAGGGCAUGCAAUGAAGACACUCAACAACUACAUAAUGGAAUUUAGCAUUUGCACGUUGAAUGACAGUCUAAUGACUGGGCAGAAGUGGGGUCUUGACCCUCAGAAGAUGAUCGAUGUGCUCAAUGUUGGGACGGGCGACCUUGGUAUUACACAGGACUUCAUGCAGCACAGUGAGUUUAGGACGGAGCUGCCGGGGUUGUUGAGAGGGUAUCUUGGAGACGCGCUGGAGCAGGUGGAUCCGCGUGUUGAUCAUACUGAGUUGUUGAGAGGGCGGGAGAGGAGGGCUGGGUUGAGGUCAAGAAGGAGAAGAAAAAUCUCAAACCAAAGUGACGAGAGUGUCCGUGAUACUGAUGUCAGACCAAAGCGUGAUGGUCGCUGA